GUACAAUGUUUCUCAUCUAAUUGUCACGCAUUCAAUACUUCCACUUUACUCUGAUGACCGCAGCACUACACAACCGUCUAGAGAGGUCUAGAGAGGAGGAGCCAUCGCUUGGAGGAAAGGGGAAGCGACGUGCGGCGGUUGAUGCUGGGUUGGGUGGUAGCGCGGGGAAACGGGCUACACCUGGUCCUGGCAGCAGCGCGGGCGGCAAUACGGGCAGCACCCCCGGCGGCAGCGCGGGCGGCAGCAAGGGCGGCGGCAAGGGCGGCAGCGCCGGCGGCAGCGCCGGAGGCAGCGCAGUUGGCAGCGCCGGCGGCAGCGCGGGAGGCAGCGCGGGAGGCAGCGCGGGAGGCAGCAAGGGCGGCAGCAAGGGCGGCAAAGCGAAGCCCGGAUCAGACCACGGCAAGAACAAGCCGACAGUCGCGCAGCGAUGGAAAAUCGUUGAGGCCGUCCGAGGCGGCCGGCAAAGGAGCAAGGUUGCGGCAGACUACAAUGUGGGCAAGGCAUACGUCAGCAACCUGAUGAAACCCCCCAUGAUCGCCGCGCUUGAGAAGGCCCAUGACAUGGAGCUCAACAUGGGCGCCAAACGCGCACCAACGCUGGUACACGCGGAGUUGGAGGCUCGUUUGAACCAAUGGAUCAAGAUUGCACGACAACGAUUUGAGCCAACCAAGCUCGGGUUGAGCGGUAUCAUGAUCCAGACCCAGGCCACGAAGUUCGCGGCGGAGAUGGACNGACGUGACCAACUUCACCGCGAGCAACGGCUGGCUACAUCGCUUCCUUUCUCGCUACGGCCUCGUGCACGUCAACCUGCACGGGGAAGCUGGUGACGUGAACAAGGCUGCGGCUGAGAAGGAAAUCGCGCACAAAUCUACGAUUUCAGAGGGCGAGGUUCGCUCUAGUCUCGAAGAUGUCCGCUCUUACUUGUACACACAUGGAAGAGACGGCGAGUACAGCGAAACGGCGUACCUUCUUUCGAAGACUUUGCAUUCGUUUACUCAUGAAACUCAGGUCAAGCGAAGAGCACAGGAGGG